AUGGGUCAAUCGCAGUCAACCGACCGUCCAGAGCUCUAUGAAUUUCCUCCUCCAGUGCAGACCCGCGAUGAGUUGACUCAAAGACACGCGGAUAGAACCGCGAGUGGUUUGGGUGAGGAGAGACACUGGUUCGAGAAGGUGUUCAACAUCUUCUGCGACACAUCGGAGUCAACAAAAUGUCUGUUGAUUGGUGUGGUUAAGACCGGCACGAUAGAAAACUAA